UCCUGUGGCAUUCAGCACAGUGUGUGAAGUGCAAGACGAAAUCAGUACGACCACGACGACGAAGGCCCCGACGACCACGACGACGAAGGCCCCGACGACCACGACGACGAAGGCCCCGACGACCACGACGACGAAGACCCCGACGACCACGACGACGAAGACCCCGACGACCACGACGACGAAGACCCCCACCAACACGACGACGACCACGACAACGUUGCCGCCGGAGGUGGUGGCACCGUGGGCGCAGGAGCACUGGCUCGCCAUUCUUCUUGCCAUAUUGUUGCCGCUUGCUGCGAUUACAUUAGCUGUCAUAAUAUGCUGCUGCUGCCGUCGUCGUACCGAUGAUGAAUCCACAAGGGUGGUGCCCAUGGAAUUGCGGGGGGUGAAGGGCAAUGUGUUUUAUGAAGCCCAACAGAGGCGGCAAGGAGGCUCGGGUUUCUCUGAGGACCCCGAUUUUUUUAUGCGUUCUCCCAGUGAGCAGCAGCAUGUGUCGCAGCGGAAUUCCUCUAUGUCGCCUUCACAACCUGCGGUGCCUUUUGAGUCUUCGCCACUUCUACCACCCGCAGCAGAUACUUCCCAGCCGUUGAGGUUGUCCAGACGCCAUGGUCAUGGGCGCGUUGCAUCGGGUACGUUUGCAAGUGUGGAGUUUCCAAGGGGCGAGGAGAUUGCUGAAAGCGCAGAUGGCGCCUCUCUUGAGAAUACGAGGAGGAGGGUACGGCGCGGCAGGGUCUCCGGACGCGUGGUGAAUGGGGAUGAUCUGGAUACAAUUGAGUUACAAUAG